AUGUUAGCUGCUUUAACCCAAUAUCGACAAAGUAGAGGAAAGCAUGAAUACCAGCUAGCUUCUCAAAUUCAGUCAAUCAUCAUCAAUCAAUUCGUAUCAACUCGUGCUGAUGAACAUGUCGCUCUUGAAGUAGAUGGCCUGACUCCGGUGCCCCCCUUUUCAUGCAAAUUUUGUCCUGCCAGAAAUUCUUCGCAUGUAUUAGCUAUCGCCGAUGAAGGUGGUUCGGUCCAGUUAGUUAAUUACAAUCGAUCUGCUGUGGUUAAAGAAUGGAAUGCCCAUGCCAACGCAAUCUUUGACAUAGCAUGGCGUAGUGAUGGCGAUAAGUUGCUAACUGGAUCGGGAGAUGGAACUGUAAUUGAAUGGGAUACAUGUAAAAAUAUCAAUUUGGCAGCCUAUGCGGGACACAAAGGGAGCGUUAAAUGCAUCGAUAUACAACCUGAUGAUACAGGUGUGUUUGCUACUGGUUCUCGAGAUGGAAGUAUCAUGAUUUGGGAUCCUCGAUGUAAUAAAGCCGGUGGUCUUUAUAAGCCUGUGAAUAUGAUACAAAAUGCACAUGGAAUUAAUCCUCAUAAAAAGAUAUUCCGGAAAGAUGCUUCUACAUUUACUGCAAACAGUGUAACCUGCAUUGUUUAUCAUGGUUCUCAUACUAUACUAUCGGCUGGAGCGACUGAUGGAAAAUUAAAAGAAUGGGAUAUUCGUCGAUGCUACAGCAGUCCUAAAUCAAUUUCAAAGCCAUUAUCUGAAAUUUUUUAUAGCGGUAAUAGCCCUCGAGCUCGCGGAUUCACAUCUCUUGUCAUAGACUCAACCCGAUCGAAUUUAUUUGCCAGUUGUACCGAUAAUAGAAUUUACAAGUAUAACUUGCAUUCUACCACAAUCAAGCCAUCUGCUGUAUAUUCUGGGCAUAGCAAUGCUUCCUUCUUUGUUAAGGCUGCAUUAAGCCCUGAUGAUCGUUAUCUAAUAAGUGGAUCAUCGUGUACAAAUUCUUAUAUUUGGAAGGUUAGCAAUCCAACACAAGCGCCUUUGACUUUAAUUGGUCAUUCUAGCGAAGUUACCUGCGUUGAUUGGUGUCCACACGAUUUCGGCUUUAUAGCGACGUGUUCCGAUGACAACUACAGAAUUUGGCGCUUACGCAACGACUAUGACGUUAUAGAGCCUCGUAAUUUAAUCGGUGUAUGUCAGACAGCAGCUGAAACUACAACGUCUGAAAAAUCUAGUGUACAGAACAACGAUCGUAUAAAUAUCUUAGAUCCCAUCGAAAACAGAAAUAGUUCGCCAACCAUCAGUGAAAAGAAAGUAGUUCAACAACAACUAAACUUAUCACCUGUUUGUAUUACCCACCAAGGCAACAAGAGACCAUCGGGUGUGUUGACGAAAGGCAUAGGAAACUGUUUGAAUUCUAAAGAUACCAAUUUAAAUACUACACCGCGAAAGAAGCUCAAAUACGAAAUGAAAAAGCAUCAUAAAGCAAAAAAUAUAGCCAGCCAAACCCACUUGGAUAAUUCAACAUCGAAGCAAAUGAGUAUUGAAAGUUAUUUUAAAUAG